UCUUUGGGGUCUCCAGAACCUUUGGGGUCUCCAGGACAUUUGGGGUCUCCAUGACCUGUGGGAUCUUGGUGGCCCCAAGGGUGUCCAGAACCUCUGGGGGCUCAGUGAUCUUUGGGGUCUCCAGAACCUCUGGGGGCUCGGUGGCUUUUGGGGCUUGGUGGCCUUUGAGGUCUCCAGGACCUUUGGGGUCUUGGUGGCCUUUGGGGUCUCCAGGACCUUUGGGGUCUCCAGGACAUUUGGGGUCUCCAGGACCUUUGGGAUCUUGGUGGCCCCAAGGGUCUCCAGAACCUCUGGGGGCUCGGUGGCCUUUGGGGCUUGGUGGCCUUUGGGGUCUCAAGGACAUUUGGGGUCUUGGUGGCCCCAGGGGUCUCCAGAACCUUUGGGGUCUCCAGAACCUUUGGGGUCUCCAGGACCUUUGGGGUCUCCAUGGCCUCUCUGUCCCCACCGAACCCUGGGGACAAGGACGUUUCUCCAUGGGGACAAAACCUGGCAGGGCGUCCCCCGAGCCAGCCCUGGGGGAUGGUGGCCUGGCUGAGGUCCUGGUGGCCCCGUUCGGGGUGUCCCCAUGUCCCCACGAGCCUGUCCCCACCCCGCAGCUGCUGCCCAAGCACUGCGCGGCCACCAUCAGCAGAGCCCGCGGCAAGAAGAGCCCGAAGCAGCCGCCCCGCAAGGGGGACCCCGGCAGGGACAGACCGGGGACAGAGAGCCAGCGGAGGGACAGGACCCUGACCACCAACAUGGACAAGCUGCACCUGACCCUGUCCGAGCUGUCCCUCAGCCUCAACCACGUCCCCAGCUUCACCGUCUUCGGUCACACGGUGACACCGGCCGAGUACCUGAGCGGCCACCUGGAGACGCGCCUGGCCAG